AUGGGUCAACUAUGGGCUAACACAGGCUCUGCUCUAGCAACCCUAAUGUUUACAUACACAAUCUUCAAACAAUGGUUCCCUCAGUUCGGAGACCACUUGGAGCCUUUCUUUCAAAGAAUCUUCGGUCGUUUCUAUCCUUACAUCCAAAUAACAUUCCAUGAGUAUAGCGGAGAGCAAUUCAAGCGAAGCGAGGCUUACUUGGGGAUCCAGAGCUAUCUCAGCAAAGACUCCUCUUCACGAGCCAAGAAGCUCAAAGCCAAUACCACCAAAGGAAGCAAAUCUCUUGUUCUUAGUAUGGAUGAUAAGGAAGAGAUCACCGACAAGUUCGAGGACAUUACUGUUUGGUGGCAGUCGAAGAAAGAAGGGACCGUGAGGCAAACGUUCUCGUUUUACCCUGCAGCCGAUGAGAAGAGAUAUUACAUGUUGAGGUUCCAUAGACGUGACAGAGAAGUAAUCAUUGAGAGGUAUCUUGAGCAUGUUAUGAGUGAAGGGAAGAAGAUUGAGCUUAAGAACAGAGAGAGGAAGCUUUAUUCGAAUACUCCAGGACAGAGCCAUGGAAAUCAGACAAAGUGGAGUCAUGUAACGUUUGAGCACCCUGCAACUUUUGAUACUUUGGCUAUGGAGGAGAAGAAGAAGGAAGAGAUCAAGAGCGAUCUGAUCAAGUUUAGUAAGAGUAAGGAUUAUUACAAGAAUAUUGGGAAGGCGUGGAAGAGAGGGUAUCUCUUGUUUGGACCACCAGGGACUGGAAAAUCAACCAUGAUCGCUGCGAUGGCGAAUUUCUUGGAGUAUGAUGUUUAUGAUCUUGAAUUGACAACGGUGAAGGAUAACACACAGCUGAGGAGGUUACUGAUUGAGACUUCGGCGAAAUCGAUUAUUGUGAUUGAGGAUAUUGACUGUUCUCUUAAUCUCACUGGACAGAGAAAGAAAAAGGAAGAGGAAGAGGAAGAUGGAGACGAGAAGAAAACGAUGGAGAAGAAGAUGAUGAAAAAUGAAGGUGAGAAUAGCGAGAGCAAGGUUACUUUAUCAGGGCUGUUGAAUUUCAUUGAUGGGUUGUGGUCAGCUUGUGGCGGCGAGAGGAUCAUUGUGUUCACUACAAACUUUGUGGACAAGCUAGAUCCGGCUUUGAUUCGGAAAGGAAGAAUGGAUAAGCAUAUAGAGAUGUCGUAUUGCGGUUUUGAAGCGUUCAAGGUGUUGGCCAAGAACUAUUUGCAUGUGGAGGGGAGUGAGCUUUUUGAGGAGAUAAAGAGGUUGCUUGAGGUUGAAGAAAUCAAAAUGACACCAGCGGAUGUUGGGGAGAAUCUGUUGCCGAAAUCAGAAGGGGAAGAAGGAGAGGCAUGUUUGAGGCGUUUGGUUGAAGCGUUGAAAGAGGAGAAGGAGGAAGCGAAGAGGAGAGUUGAGGAAGAGGAGAGGCAGAAGAAGGAAGAAGAGGAAGAGAAGAAGAGGAGAAAGGAAAAGAAAGCAGAGAGAGAGGCAGAGAAAGAGAAGAAAAAGAAGAAUGAAGAAAAUGGUGAAGCGGAGCACUGA